AAUCAACAAACAUGAUAGUAGGUGGGGGAGGGAAAUGUAAAUAAAUGUGUUUUAUUGUAGUUUCCUGUGAGUUUUAUAUCAAAUAAUAAACUGUUGAUUUUUUUCACCGGUGGCUAAAAUCGAACAUUUGGUUUUACUUUAAUCUAGUUCUUUUCAAAAUCAUAAACUUUUUUCGCCUAAAUAUUCUGAUAUUUAAAUUUAUCUUUAAACUUGAAAUAUCAGUUCGCCGAUAAAAGAUAAAGUGAGAUACUCCUUGUCGAAAAAUUAAAUAGUUUCUAUUAAAAUUUACUAUGGCCGGCAAGGGUAAAAUCGCAAUUGUUGGAUGUGGCUUGAUUGGAAGGAGCUGGUCUAUGCUGUUUGCAAGUGCAGGCUAUAAUGUAGUGAUUUUUGAUAAAGAUGAAACUGCUUCAUUAGAUGCACUCACUACUAUCAAAGAGGAAUUGCAUAAACUGGAAAGCUCUCAGUUACUUCGAGGGGAUCUUUCUGCUGAAGAGCAGUUGAAAUUAAUAUCUAGAGCUGAAGAUCUUGAAAGUUGUGUUAAGGAUGCUUUCUUUGUACAGGAAUCAGUUCCUGAAUGUGAAGAAAUGAAGAAAAUCAUCUUCAACAAGCUUGAUAAACUUGCAACUGAUGAUAUGAUUUUGAGUAGUUCUACUAGUUGCAUAACGCCUUCUACCUUUUCAGAAAAUUUAAAACAUCGUUCACAAGUACUUGUUGCUCAUCCUGCUAAUCCACCAUACUAUGUUCCAAUAGUAGAAAUAGUGCCUUCUCCUUGGACGAAUCCAGAUGUAGUAGCAAAAACUGUAGAAUUGAUGAAAGAAAUUGGUCAAAAACCAGUAACUGUCAAGAAAGAGAUUUAUGGUUUUGCAAUUAAUAGAAUGCAAUAUGCUAUUAUCAAUGAAUGUUGGCGACUUGUUCAAGAUGGUGUCAUGUCUGUCGAGGAUAUUGAUGCUGUGAUGUCUGAAGGUCUGGGUAUGCGAUAUGCUUUUCUGGGCCCUUUUGAAACCUGCCAGUUGAAUGCUGAUGGCAUGAUGGAUUAUUGUAACCGUUAUGCUAAUGGCAUUUUUAAUGUUUCUGAAACAUUUGGACCAGUUCCCAAAAUGGAAGGUAAAGUCGCUGAAGAAAUCCAUAAUCAACUCUGUGAAAAAGUUCCUCUUCACAGUUUGGAUGUUCGAAGAAAAUGGAGAGAUGAGAGAUUGGCUUGUUUAGCUAAACUGAAAAAAUCAAUGGGCAAUUAUAUAGGAACGAAAAUGGCAGGCAAGGGUAAAGUUGGGAUUGUCGGAAGUGGCUUCAUUGGUCGAGGAUGGGCUAUGCUCUUUGCAAGUGUUGGAUAUGAAGUGAAGCUUUUUGAUGUAGAAUCCUCCAAAAUAGAUGAUGCCCUUGCAGAUAUUAAACUACAAUUGAAUAAAUUGGAGGAAUCUGGCUAUUUGAGAGGGAAUCUAUCUGCUACUGAACAGUUUCAUCUGAUAUCUAAAUGUGAAACUUUAAAAGAAUGUGUUGAAGGUUCCAUUCAUGUCCAGGAAUGUGUUUUUGAAAAUGUUGAUUUGAAAAAGAAAGUGUUCAAGGAUAUGGAUCCUUUUGCUUCAAAUGAUGUAGUUUUGUGUAGUUCUACCAGUUGCUUUCCAGCUUCUUCCUUUUCUGAAGAUCUUGUUCAUAGGUCGCAAGUGAUUGUAGGGCAUCCAGUCAACCCUCCUUACUAUGUUCCUCUUGUGGAAAUAGUGCCUGCCCCCUGGACUGAUCCUGAUGUGGUGACAAGAACAAAGAACUUGAUGAUUGACAUCGGACAAAAACCUGUAGUAUUGAACAAAGAAGUUCCUGGUUUUGCUCUUAAUCGUGUGCAGUAUGCGUUGUUGAAUGAAUGUUGGCGAAUGUACCGGGACGGUAUAAUGUCUCUGGAAGACAUCGAUACUGCUAUGCAUGAGGGGCUUGGCCUUCGUUAUGCUUUUAUAGGACCUCUAGAAACAUGCCAUCUCAAUGCUGAUGGAAUGUUAGAUUAUUGCAAUCGCUAUGGGCAAGGUAUAUAUAAGGUUUCCGAUACAUUUGGCCCUAACCCCAGAAUGGAAGGUGAACUGGCUGAGAAAGUACAUGAAGAAAUCUGCAAAAUUUCACCACUAGAAAAACUUGCUGAACGUCGUCAGUGGAGAGAUGCUCGUUUGACUGCACUUGCUCAUAUGAAAAGAAUUUUGAAUGAACAAGAUAAAUCUCAGUAGAUGGCAGCACUGAUUGGCUUUUUUUUUUUUUUUACAGAUUGUUUAAUUGUUGUAUUUUGAUACUCAUGAAAGAUUUUGAUAGAUGAAUAAAUAUUUUUGUAUGGUU